GCCAUUUUCUCCUCUGAGGAAGAACAACAAGAUACAUCGUAGUUGGACAUAGCUCGUAUUUGCCGAAAUGGCAGUGUGAACGUGUGCCGCGACCCAGCAGCAGCCAACAAAACAGUGCAUCCAGCCAGUGCACUGAGUCACUUCUACAUCAACAAAAUGUCGUCCUACAUAAAAUCCUUCAGCACUGCUGCAUUUGACAGCAUAGACGAGUUCGUUGCUCCCCAAGAAUUGUCUCACGCCCCGUUUGUGACCAACAACAGCCACUAUGACCAUGAUGAUGACAAGCUCACAGUUUGGCCUGGAAGACAUGGAGGCCCUUCUCUGGCCUUCCUCUCUCAUGGCUGACGCCAUGGACUCCCCGUUUGCUCACCCCGAUGAAGGUGUACAGCAGAAAGGAGGCGAAAGCUCAACGCGGGGGCCCACUUCUCCCGCCUCACCCCUCGCCUCCUCGUCGCCGUCUUUGUCCGCGUCUCCUCCUCCUUUCUACUCUCCUCCUCCCUCGCCGCUGGCUGUUCCCUCUCAAGGGGACAAAACUGGGACUGAAUCUGACCUUCUUUCCUCUUGGUUGGACCACCCACAUCUGCUGAGGUGCAGCCAGGCCCCGAUGGGUGACAGCAAAGAUGAUGUUUUUGGUGAUUUUGAUUGGAUGGGUGAGAAUGUGGAUCUGAGCGACUUUGAUCUAGACUCUCUGAUUGGCUYCAGUCCUGCUGAAGAGGCCCCCAGCUCUCCAGAAGACCUCCUUGAUUCCCUGGAUUGUUCCAUGGAGCUGGACUCCUUCCAGCUGCCGCCAUUCCCAGCUCCUGCUCUCUCGAGCUCUUCCUCUGCUCCCUCUCUGAAUGUUUCCCCUCCAUCCCUCCCCCCUGCCUCUUCAGAUCCCUCUGCUGUUACAGUAGACGAGCCUGAAUUURAUAUUGGUGGGCAAGAAGUUCCCUCCUCUCCACUCUGUGUCCCAGAUGCACAGGAGGAGCUUGAGAUCAAAUCAGAACCUGCUUCUCCUGAUCCCCCUCCUGCAGUCAUUGAUUCUCCCUCCUCCCCAGCCUUCACUCUGGAUCUAGGCAGCGAGGUGGAUAUCUCUGAGUGUGAGGUGAAGCCUGUAGUAGCCUCUGUGGUCCCUCAGGUCCCAAGGAUCGUCCUCUCCCUUUCCCCAACCCGCAUUGUCCUUGUGCUGGCUCCAAAGCUCGAAGCCACCAGCAUACCUGGGGUGAUUCAAUGUUCCCCGCCAACCUACACGGCGCAGAAGUCCACCAGAAGCAGACCGUACCCUGAGCCGAAACAAAAACCCGGUCCAUCUUCUCCUGCGGCCGCCGUCAAUGAAGUCCAGUCCCUUCGAGCUGCAGGUGGAGCCGAGAGGGCGGCUUUAAAAGCCCCCAAAGACAAGAAACAAAAGAAGAUGGAGCAAAAUAAGACGGCUGCCACGCGCUACAGGCAGAAGAAGAAAGUCGAGCAGGAUACGCUCCUCGAGGAGUACGCACGGCUGGAGAGGAAGAACGUGGAGCUGACGGAGAAGGCGGAGUCUAUGGCCAGGGAGAUCGAGUACCUUAAAGAGCUGAUGGAGGAAGUCCGCCAGACCAAGCUCAAAAAAGGUCUCAGUGCUGACCCCUAAUGGUCAGGGAAGCUGAUGGUGUGUGUGUGUGUCAGGAAGUGUGAUUUUAUUUCUUAAAUGUGUCAGUACAGCAUGUUUUAAAACUACAGUCUAACUCUACAUGUAUCUAACACUGGUAUUAAACUUUGUUGUGUAUUAAUAGUUGCAUCCAAAUGAGUAUUUUUCCAUUCAUAGUAUGUAACCUGAUGACAUGUUAUUUAAAUCUUAAACGUUUUUAAAGCUUGUGUGUAAUCUAGUCUCAAUAGAARGAGUCUAAUAAAGGGUCCUAAACUUAAA